AUGAACUCAUUGGCUCGACGACCUCCACCCCCACCUGUACCCCAACCAGUCCCCGUAAUUCCUCAGGGUUUGGAUCAAAUACAUACAAGUAAGCCUCCAGUUGAUAAAAUCCAAAAAUAUGGGCUGAAGAGUUCUGUGGUACAGUCCGAAGACGAUCUAGAGAAAGCUGAAUUUUGGUUAGAAAACACGGUAAGGGUUUUCGACGAAGAAAAGUAUAUGUCAUCAGUUCCUUACUCCAGCAUCGCAAUGGCUCGAUUGAUUGGAAACGAUGAACAUAUAUCUAAUGCGGCUAAUAACGCGAUAGCUCCGGAUGCACGAUUUAUGUCGUACCUGGAGCUAGCCGAAUUUGGGUCAGUAGCAUUGAUCCGGUCGUCCGACUUGCGAUUUGAUUUAUUAUCCGCGCUAGUGGAGCGGUGGCGUCCGGAGACCCAUACUUUCCAUUUUCCGUGCGGGGAGUGCACAGUGACGUUAGAGGACGUUGCAGUGCAACUUGGGCUCCCAGUUGACGGGAGUCCCGUUACGGGACUAUCUUUAUUAACCGAUCCGGCUACGGUUUGCUAUCAACUCCUCGGAGAGUCACCAGAGGACGCGACCGCCAGUGAAGGUGAGUUGAUGUGCGCUGCUCGAGCGUACAUCAUGCAUAUGAUAGGGGCACUACUCAUGUCUGAUGCGAACGGCGACAGUGUCCAUUUGUCGUACUUGCCUCUGCUUGGUGAUUUGUCCACGGCUAGGUCGUACAGUUGGGGUUCGGCCGUUCUAGCAACGUUGUAUAAGGAGCUUUGUCGGGCGACAGAGCCGCAAGUUAAAGACAUCGACGGAUGCCUGAUACUGCUGCAGUCAUGGGCCCUUUAUCGGAUGCCAUUUUUGGCACGCGUUAGUCACCAACCCUAUCUGUAUCCACUGCCACUCAGGUGGACGACCCGUCCAGGAAUCGGGAAGUCGAGUGAUGUCCCGAUAUACCGUAUGAGGAUUGAACAACAUGCCUGGGAAGAGUUUAUAUGGAUGCCGUAUCGGAGGCCAGAAAUUGCAAAUGUUGUACCCCCGUCCGCACUCGUUGAUUCCCACACAUGGUGCACAAACACACCAAUUAUAAAUUUCAACAUCGUGGAGUGGUAUCACGGCGAUCGGGUGCUUCGGCAGUUCGGCUGCAUCCAACCUAUCCCGGAUCCGCCGUGCUAG